UGUACCCCAAGACUUUAAAUGCGAACGCUCGAGGCCAGGGAUUCCCGGAAUAGCCCCCAUCGCCAUGGCAGGAGGAGGAGGAGGAGAGGGGAGCUCGAGGAUGAACAACAGGGUGGUGGUGGUGGGCGGAGGAGUCGCCGGUGCGCUCGUCGCCAAGAACAUGCAGUUCCACGCCGAUGUUGUCCUCAUCGACCCGAAGGAAUAUUUUGAGAUCACCUGGGCACAACUGAGAUCGAUGGUUGAGCCAUCAUUUGCAGAGAGAUCAGUAAUUAACCACACUGAUUACCUUACCAACGGGAGAAUUAUUACAUCCUCUGCAGUCAAUGUUACUGAAGCAAAGGUCUUGACAGCAAAUGGCCAUUCCAUUGCAUAUGAUUAUCUUGUCAUAGCUGCCGGUCAUGCAGAUUCUACUCCGAGAAACCGAAAGGACAGGCUUGAACAGUUUCAACAAGAUAGCCAGAAGAUUAAAUCUUCACGUUCUGUUCUAAUCAUCGGCGGUGGUCCAACUGGUGUUGAACUUGCUGGAGAAAUUGCAGUUGACUAUCCAGAGAAGAAGGUGACUCUGGUCCAUAAAGGAUCAAGGUUGCUGGAAUUCAUAGGACUGAAAGCUUCCAAUAAGGCAAUGGACUGGUUGACAUCGAAGAAUGUAGAAGUGCUUUUAGGGCAGUCAAUUGAUUUAGACUCGAUAUCAGAGGCAGAUGGAGUGUACACAACAUCUGCUGGAGAAAAGAUCACAGCUGAUUGCCAUUUUGUUUGUGUGGCAAAGCCACUGGGUUCAUCAUGGCUGAAGGAGUCUGUAUUAGAGGAUAGCUUGGACCAGAAGGGAAGACUGUUGGUUGAUGAAAACCUGAGAGUCAGAGGCCGUGAGAAUAUAUUUGCUAUCGGAGACAUCGCUGAUGUUCCUGAAAUCAAACAAGGAUUCCUUGCACAGAAGCAUGCCACGGUGGUUGUCAAGAACUUGAAGCAGUUGAUCAAGGGAGCUGGUGAGAACAAGCUGGCCACUUACAAGCCUUCUUCUGCUAUUGCAAUUGUGUCGCUAGGAAGGAAAGAAGCAGUGGCGCAGCUGCCAUUCGCAACAGUCAUUGGGUGCUUACCUGGUAUAAUCAAGUCCAGGGAUCUGUUUGUAAGCAAGACCAGGGAAGAGAUGGGGUUGAACCCUCGCUAAGCCUAGAAAAGUAUAUGUAGCCAAUUUUUUAAUGUCAUUUUGUCUCCAUGGAAGCAUGAACAUAUGGUUGUAGUUUUGGUGUAAUAAAUUUAAUGCUGCACUUCUCUGAUCUUGUCAUGUACUGAAAUCAUCGAGAGAAGAUUAUGCAGCAGUUAUAUUGACAAGUAAAAAUAUCUUUGCCAUGGA